AUAAUUGCGGGUAUUACAAUUUCAAGAUUAUGUCAUAAAAGAUGUCCCUAAUACAUCAAAAGUUAGCUGAGCGUUUGUUUAUCUUGAAUGAUCGUCAGCUUGGUGUGCUGACUCGUAUCCACUAUAUGAAACAAAUGCUUAGUACACCUGAAUACCGCCCAACUGUACUCCCUGGUGGUGACAAAGCAUUCGAUGGGGCUUGGAAAGUUUUGUUAAAGAAGUUCCCUUCAGUUGAUGUCAGAUCAAAUCCAUCCAGUAUGCAGCCAUUUUUUAAUCAUCAAAAGGAGUUGUUUGCAAUGUUAUCAACUUACUAUUUUAACUUUGUUGACGUUCUUGAUGUAAGAGAUCAUUUCAUUGAUCUAAUAGGAUGUUUGGCAUCUUCAAAAAUAACCCCUGACAUCACUGUUAACUUUGACGUUACGCGGAUUUAUUUGGAACUCGUUAGUAAUUAUUUCGCAAUGAUGUUUCUCAUAACACGUAUCUCAGACACUAAAGCUAUUUUGAUUCUUUUCAAUUUUUUGUACGAUCAACUACAUGGAAAACAAGAACCUAAUUAUCCACGUAUGGCAGAAAUAUUUACCGAGACCUCUGAAGGUAUGCUUAAUCGUUUACACAAGGAGAUAAAUCCUUAUUCUCGUACAUUAUCAAGGGCUCUUCGCUCUUUAAAUGAUUUUUACAAUCGACGAACUGUAAGAGCUCAAAAUUGGAGUGAUGGACAUUUUUUAGAUAUUUUACAUGAGCCAAGCAAAGUAACACACACUGUCCUAGGAGAACAAUUAGGUUGUGAAUUAAUACCUUAUGAGGUGAUGGAAAGAUGGGUAGUUUUUGGUUAUUUAUUGAUAUACCCUGAAUUGACUGAUGAAGACUCGUUCAAUCGACUGAAAGUAGCCCUGCGUCAUUCAUAUGUUGUUGUGCUCUUCCGAGAAGAAGUAAUUUAUAUUCAUUCUCUUCUACAAUCGUUUCUCGAGUCUUCGUGGGUUAAUAAGGUAGGUGCUAAACGUAUAAAUGAAAUUAAAGAGACAUUUUCAAUUGCAUGCUCACAAACUCCCAAAAUGCAUGCUGACAGGCGAGCUUAUUUACGCCUAUCUUUGCGUCAACUUCAUCUUAUUUUGUCUGAUGAACCUGGAUUAUUGGGUCCCAAGGCAUUUUUGGUAUUCUGGGGCCUAUCAUAUGCCUCAGAUGAAGUUCACUGGCUUUUAAGACAUUCUGCCAACCCUAUAGUAAAGAAAAGUGCUACUAUGGCUUCACGUACAGGUCCAUUUUCAAGUGACGAACUUAGUGAUCCAUUCUUACCGGAAUUGCUUUUUAGAAUGGAUGAGCUUCGUUCCCUAGUUUUGCGUUACAGUCCUGUUAUACAACGUUUCUAUCUCCAGUUAUUGGGUUGUUAUGAUGGACCUGGUUUAAGUGAAUAUGUGCAAGAUAUUUUGCCACAUGUGAAUAAUGAAGAAUCUGUUAUCUUCAAUUCUAUCGCAAAACAAUUAUGUGAGCUUGCUGAUAAUCCUGUUGUACGUGAAACAAAUUUAAGUCCUAUGCAAUCAACAUUGUUUGACUUUUCUGGGAUUCGACUCGAUUGGUUGCGUUUACAAGCCUGUUUGUCAUGUGAAGCUUCUGCUGCUAGUUUGAGUGAUUACCGGCGACUUGUUGAGCAUAUAAAUUCUACAAUACUACAUACUAAGUUGGUUGAUUAUUUGGAUGAACUACUUCGAUUAGUUUCGGACAUGUCCAUUUUUAUAUUUUAUCCUUCUAAAUUCACUGAACUAUUUUCCAACUGCCGUAUAUGCCCUGCACAGUUAAGAUUUACGAUUGUGUUCCCAAGCAUUUGUUCUCAGGCUAUACAAGCAUGUCAUGAUCUGUGCCCAGAAGAACGUUCACAUAUUGGUCGUAACGCAGCUAAUUUAUGUCGUCACUUUUGUCAAGAAAUCGCGGAUAAUAUAUGUCUUUAUUUAUUCAAUCGUAUUGAUGAAUUUGGAAAUAUGGCUGAUCAGUUAGCACCACAAAAUUCUGUACCAUGGCUUACGGAUGAGAAACCAGCAAAAAAAGGCAAGAAACCAAUCAUUAAUACUCGACAGAAUUUAAAUGGGAUUAUGAACACAGGCGGAAUAGAUUCAAGAAAAGGUAAACGGCUAAAUGGACCUAUCAACAUUUCUACUAAUAACAAAUUUACUCUAUCAAAUAAUAUGUCUUUUGAUUCACGUUUCAUUCCGGGUGUGGAAAGCUUUAGAACUAAUCGAGAAGAACAAACUAUAAAUGAUAAAACGUUAUUUGGACUAAGUCAAUUAUGUUAUUCUGUUAACCAUCAUCGGGAAUUAUUGGUUUUUGAUCAAGUUAUCAAUCCACGUGAAAUACUUCAGAAUGAAAUACAAUUCAGAAUUAUUGAUUUGCUUGCUAGUUAUUCGAGUUUUGCCUCUCAUGACAAUACAUCGGAAUCACUUGCUUCGAAACCAUCGGAAUUACUUCGACGUGUACGAGCUUUAAUGAAUGCUCUUAUAGAUUUGGAAAAUCAUGUUUGUAUUGAUGUGAUUGGAUUAUUUUCUACUGUAUUCACUCAACAUACUCAACCAGUGGAUGCAUUUCGUGGACAAUUAACAAUGACAGCGCAUUAUGCUGAAUGGUAUUUAGAAAAUGUUAUUAAACAUGCUUAUCUAGAUCAUUUUGUUUAUUCACCUUUAUUGAAGAGUUUUGUUACUUUAGUAUCACCUGAUGUUGUAAAAUUUCGAGCAGAAGAUUAUGCUGAUUUAAAUGAACUACUAGCUUUGACAGAACUUAUCGGACCAUUAGGGAUAAAGUUUAUUUGCGAUCGUUUAAUGCAUUCUGUUGGUGAUCGUGUUGAUGAAAUCAACAAACUAGUUCGUCAAAAUCGUGGUACUCUUGAAUGUUUACGAGAGUGUAUAAAUGAUCCAGUGAGAACUCGUCAACUUAAUGGGAAUUUACAAAAUUGUGAUCAACUUUUAAUCCUGUUAAAGGAGAUUGGUGUAGCACUUGCUUUCCGUAAAUUAUGCUUUGAAGCUGUUCAUUCUAUACUACAGAAACGUACUCCAUUUCUUCUGGACACUGUUCACAACCUUCGUGAUUAUAUAACACAAAAAUCAAGUAAUAGUGCUCAAUUAACUGGAUCAUCUAUAGAAAAUAAUAAUGGAAAAUAUGAAAUGGAACGUAUAUAUGCACAUUUUAAUGAACAAUUAAUGUUAAAUAAUCUAUGCGCUUCUGUUGGUAUAUCCUCUCAUUUAGAUUAUAAUUUAUGCUCAAUAUUAAAUAAUCGACGUAUAGCUAUAUUGGCUACAGCAAAUCAAGCUGGAUUAAAUUUAUCUAUAAAUGGUACUGGUAAUGCAUCAUAUCAAGAAUUAGAAUAUCAUAUUGCUUGUUUAUUUGUUGUAUUUGUUGCAAAUGCAUUUCCACGAUUAGCACGUCAAGAUUCUAGUUUAUAUCGUUUAGAUUUAGAAGCGAAUGAAAAUAAUUGUCAUUGUAUUGCAUAUGCAGUAAAUACUUUAAUGGUUUCCAUGUUUUCUCUACUUCGACCAGGUGAUUUAGAGGCUCGCUCUAAAGAAUUUCUUGCUCUUGCUUCAUCAAAUCUUUUAAGACUUGGACUAGAAACAUCAUCAUCUCUUAUAUCUUCAGAAAUUUAUGGUAAUAACAAUAUUCAAACAUCCUCCUCUAAUCAUUCUCUAUCGGCUAAACAUAGAGAUUCAAUUUAUAUUGUAUUUGAUAAUCUUAUUAAACAAUCACCUUGUUUAUCGGCUAAUUUACAAGAAUCUUGUUUUCCAUAUUCAUUAAUACGUAGUGCUUAUCAUAGUAUUGCAAAAUUAACAACAAAUAAUAAUGAAACUUUCAGUACUACACGUUCAAAUAUCAUGUCAUCAUCAUCAUCAUCAACAACAUAUGUGGAUGGAAAAUGUCGUGACUAAAAUGGUAACACUCUUACAGUUCAUGGAUGAAAGUUUCCAAGAACAUAGUAAUUCUGUUGCUUGUUUGUUUACUUAUCUCUUCUUUUUUUAUAACAAAUUUAAUAAUUCAUGAUCUCUAUGUGUUCACGGUAACAGGAAAGGUAGUAGUGGCAGUAGUAGUAGUACAAGUAGUAGUACAUCAUAUAUGCUUUUCUUGUUUUAUUUUAUUUGCAUUUUUGUAUUUCUUUUGUUUUGUUUUUGUUCUUUCUUCUUCUUCUUCUUUCUUUUUUGAUGGUUAAAAUGAAUCCAUGAUUUUGCUUUAAAUUGUUUAUAUAAAAUAAAAUGACAAAUGCGGUUAUUUCAAAAAUGAUAUUUGUUAAAUGAUAGUCAAUAUAUGUAUGUAUAGCUCACUUAUUAUUACCAUUAUUAUAUUCUUCAUUAUUAAUAAUCUAUAGUUAAAAUAAUGAAAAAAUGUGAAGUUCAAACAGCUAAGAAUACAAUGUUUUCUUCCAAAAUCUAUAUAUAUAUAUAUGUGUGUUGCCUUAAAAUAUCUGAGGUUUGUAUAUAUUCCUUCUAUAAGUCAAUAGAAAAUAUUUAGCUUG